AUGGCUUCCUCCAACACUUCAUCUCUCUUAGAUACUACCGAGACGGCUUCCUCGGAGACUCCCGUUAUUUCUUCCUCGCUCAAAUUCCUUCUUUCCAACCUCAAGAACUUUGUGCAAAGCCCUCUCUCGGCGGACAACUACCCGCUUUGGCGCUCUCAAAUCGUCAAGAUCUGUCGUGCCAAUGGGUUUGAAUCCUUUCUUGAUCCUCAAACUCCUAUUCCGGACAAAUAUAUUUCCAAACCAGACGGAUCCACCGCUCCCAAUCCUCGCCAUCUGCAAUGGCUUCUUACCGAUCAGAACCUCUCGGCGGCGAUUUGCUCUACAAUAUCCUCCUCCAUUCUUCCGUAUAUUCUCAAUCUUGAAUCUACUUCGCUUAUCUGGACCACUCUUGAGACUUGGUUUCAAUCCACGAGUAGGUCCAAGGCCAUUCAAUUGAAAAACGAGCUUCACAACAUAUCUCUCAAGAAUUCCUCAAUGUCGCAAUAUCUCACCGACGUGAAGAAUCUUGUUGAUCAAAUCGCCACUACUGGAUCGAAAAUUGAUACAUAG